AUAUUCUGUCGCCAUUUUAUUUUGACGUACGAUCUUUAGUUUUCUUCAGUUUAUAAUAAUUUAUUUUUCAAAUAUCUUUCUUAGGCACCCGAACAGACCAUUAAAAACAGCAGCCAAAUAAUUUCGCGGGAAAUUCGAAUAUAUUUAUAAAAAUUCAUAUAACUUGAGAUAUUUAAUUAAAAGUCGUAUAGAAAGAUUUGAAAUCAUGAAAAGUCAUAAAUUUAAAUCUAGAUUUUUCUUCUAAUAUAAAAUUUAGUAAAUUUUUAUUUUUAUCACAAACUAUUUUUCAAAUAUUUUGAAAAUUUACUGUCACUAUACCAUGCAAAAAAAAGUAAACAAUAUAACCUUUAAAAAUAUAUGUGACACUUUUACUCCAGUCAUGUGGUAAUUGGUGAUAAACGGGUUUUAAAUAAAAUAAAAAUGCCGACAGUGAUAGCUCUCGAUGUAUCUCUAUCAAUGAGACGUCCUGUAAUAACAACAGGAAUAGAUGCGUCACAAAAUGAACAAUUUACGAGGCAUCAUUUGGCUGUGCAGGGUAUCAACACAUUAUUAAAUUAUCUUCAAGUUAAUUCUAAAUUAGAGUUCGUGUCACUAGUGGUAUUUUCCUCACUGUAUGAAUUAAUUUGUCCUUUCACGAGAGACUAUGACAGCAUACGGUCUAGAUUGCAGAUGAUAGAAGAACGUGAUAAAACAUGUAUAGAAACGGCACUUCACGGUGUUAAUAGUGUGAUAAUGAGUGAAUGGGGUAAUACGACAGCAUGUCAAGUUAUUUUAAUUACCGAUGGGAAUCCAGGAGUUGGUCCAAUGUCCUUAGGACAUUCAUUGAAAUCAUUACAUGUAGCGCGCGAAAAUCCAUUUCCGCUGCCUUUUCCUUUUCCUGGAAAACUCAGUGUCGUUUGUAUUUCUUCCCAACAAGACCCAGGUUUAUUACUAGGACUUCCUUUGUAUCAGAAACUCGUUGACUUGGCGGGUGAAGACAGUGGAGUACUGGUACCUGAAGGUCCACUAUCAAAGACGUCAGUCAACAAUUGCUUUCAAAAAUUAGCUGAAACAAAUUACGUAUCUUUUCAAGGAUACCUCAAGUGUGGAAAUUUGGGAUCACGAAUCCACUUGUCUCCUGCACCGAUGAGCUACACGAAAAAAGCGGACUUUGAAUUGAUACCUGGUAUGACGAUAUCAAAGACCAUUGAAAUUUGCGGAUUCAUAUCAGUAAGUGACGUAGGAAGUCCUAAUUCAAUAUCUCGGCAUUUGGUGUUGCCUCUGCCAACGGAAAAAAAUCCAAGCAUGCAGGGUGUAGCAUCGCUAGAAGAAGAAUCUGAUGCUGAAGACAACAGUGAUGAAGGUAAAUCAGCUUCAUUUUGUGUCCUGCUACAUGGGGCACUAAAAGUUGAAAAUAUGGCGGCUCUUUGUCUGCUCCAAACUGAUUGGUACGGAUUUAUUUACUCGUGGGCGGACACAAAAAAGAAGUCGAACUUGAUGUUGACGGUACUGGAACCCGGGGUCAAUGUUGUACCUUGGCUAGGAAGUUUUAAUAAUCUAGGACCUGCAGAUGUCAGCAGUAAAAAUGUUGAAGUUCUUACGUUUCCUAUAAAACCUCCAGAAAAAAGAAGUUAUUCUCAGAAUGCUCCUUCGUGGAUCAGACAAGUUGGACUACAGUCUGAUAUUCAAAAGAUAUUGAGACACGCUAGAAAAUUACCUGAAAAGACACAGAAUUUUUACAAAGAACUAAACAGAUUACGUCGCGCUGCAUUAUCUAUGGGAUUUAUUGAGUUACUUGAAGGUUUAGCGGCAAUAUUUGAACGUGAAUGUACACUUCUACCAAAUACUUUACAUUACGACUGUGCCAUUCAAAUGGGGCAUGUUGCGAAUAUGCUGAGGAAACCAUUUUCUAGAGAAUUAAAAAACAAUAUUACGCCAAUUAAAAGCACUAAGUUUCAUCAGGACCAAUAAAUAUUAAUAAUUAUUAUUUUUAAAGUUUAAUUAUUUUAUAAUAAAAUAAAUUUCAUUUAACAAAUUA